AUGGACCCCUUUUCCAUUAUAGUUGGAACUGUUGGCCUGGCAGACGUCUCCAUCCGUAUCAUCUCUUAUCUCGGCUCUCUUAAAAGCGCAACAUCCAAAAUCCAGGAUGAAAUCACAAUUCUAGGGCAAGAAAUCGAAGCUCUCGUUGCUGUAAAUGACUCAGUCGAGGACUUUUGGCAUUCACGGCAUGACUUAAAUGGCUUCGACCUGCCAGUCAACGAUGGAUCUCACGCAAGUAAUGUUUGGAAGAACUUGGCAUCGCUCUUGCAGCAAAGCAAGGCAACCAUUGAGCAGCUCGAGGUAUUGCUCAAGGAGGUUGUUGGCAAGAAACACGCACUUGUAGGGGGUAAGCUCGACGGCCUUAGGAAGACGAUCCGGAGACAAGAUCGAGACGGUGAAUAUAUGCAAAUACGCCAGCGCCUCGCCAAUAACCAAGCCGGUAUCCAAAUGUUGUUGAGUGCGCUUAACCUUUCCUAUACGCUCAAAUCACAGUCAGUAGCGGACCGUACUGUGGACUCGCUACCGGAGAACUUGCAGCACCAAAACAAUAAGCUGGCAAUAAGAAUUAAAAACCUUCGCCGGAUUCUCCAAAGCUCAACUGACCCAGAAAAUCUCCAAGAUUCCCUCAUUUCCGCGGAUGCGGUGGCGUCGCUCAUUAGGUUCAACAAGCAUUUUGACAUGCCUCAAACUGUCAGCAGUUAUUAUACUGGCCGACAGAAGCAGUUGAAUCAGCUUAAAUCCACGCUCGACCUGGUCAAUUCUCGCGAACCUCAAGAUCACCAAAAGCGCUUCGUCAUUUAUGGUCUUGGAGGGUCUGGGAAAACACAAUUCUGUUGCAAAUUUGCUCAAGACAAUAGGGAACAUUUCUGGGGUGUAUUUUGGAUCGACGGAAGUUCAUACGAAAACGCGAAACACUCCUUCGCAGGAAUUGCCAAAAUCGGUGGCGUCGAACCCAACGAAAACGCGGCAAAGAACUGGCUUUCUAGUUUACAACAACCUUGGCUACUUCUAAUAGACAAUGCCGAUGACCCCGAGAUUGAUGUGAUGCGCUACUUUCCGGGAGGGGAAAGGGGUGUCAUUCUUAUCACUACUCGCAACCCUGCCAAUAAGGGAUACGGAACGGACGGCUCUCGCUUCUUCCAUUUUGAUAAGUUGGAAACUGAAGAAGCCAGUGACCUCCUUUUGGAGGCUGCCGCUUUCCCGCGUCCCUGGGCAGUACCAACAAGAUCCUACGCUGCCCGAGCAGCCCGAAUCCUAGGAUAUUUGCCUCUUGCGCUCAUCCAUGCGGGAAAGGCUAUCUUGGAAAAGCUGUGUUCUCUAAGUGACUAUCCCGAGUACUACGAACGGACGUGGAAUAAAAUUCGCCGUUUUCGAAGUCGGAGCUCAUCUCGUGGUCACGAGGAUAAGUACUUGUCGAAUAUGAGCGUGUAUUCUUCAUAUGAGAUGAUAUAUCUUGGCCUUGAAAGCAAAAGCGACGAUCAAUCUAGGGACGCCCUUGAACUGUUGAAGACUUUUUCAUUCUUCUAUUGGGAGAACAUCGAGUUUGAUCUCCUAACAAAUGCGGCUUCGAACCCUCGGCGAGAACGAGAAGAUGCACGAGCCAAGAAACGCGUGGCAAAACCAGUACCGAUCAAUCCAAGGCCUAAGACAUGGACGAGGACAUUUCAAGACUGGGCCGCCACAGUGAUAGAACCGCUCACGAGACCAAGUAUAAUCCUUCCUGCUGUCCUGCGUGACGAGGACGACGACCCAUUUGAUGAAGACCGGCUACGCAGCGCGUUGUCUCUUCUAGUCCGUCUUGGCAUGCUGACACUUCAUGACGAUAACAAUAGUUAUUGGAUGCAUCCACUAGUGCAUACCUGGGUGCGACAGAGACCCGAAACCAGCACGGCAGAGCAAGCCGUCUGGUGUCAAGCAGCGGCCACGAUAUUAGCACAAUCGAUAUUCUUCCAGGCUCCACGGGCAUAUGCAGCUCAGGAUGAGAAGUCGAAGAGGGAAAUUUACCCACACGUGGAAAAUGUGCGCAAAUUACAGGCAGAUAUCAAGAAACGAUUUGAAGAAAACCAAAGGGCUCCCCAUUGGCUUUGGCCAUUGAGAUUUCUAGCGCCUCAAUCGGGCUUUGGGAGGUUGCAGGCGACUGAAUAUGCGAAAUUCAGUCUGGUCUACCUUCAUUGCGGGUACUGGUCCCAGGCAGAAGAGCUUCAGCUUCAAGUGAAGGACUAUUUAUUCGCAAAGCUAGGCCCCGAGUCCGAGUACAGUAUCGCCAUUGCGUUCUUAUUGUCCAAGAACUAUGUUUGGCAGACACGGAACAACGAGGCGAGAGUGCUCCAAUAUCAAGUCCUGGAGUCUGCCAAACAGCUAUAUGGCCCAAAGCAUCCUACAACCUUGCAGAUCAUGGAUACCCUUGGUGCCACAUGUAUUUUAGGCAGUAGGUACCGCGAGGCCUAUCGGCUGCACCAAGAAGUUAUCGAAAGUUUGUCUAAGUUGGAAGGGUUUGGCCCCGAACACGAAGAUACGUGGACUGCCGUGGAUAAUCUUUCCAAGGUCAAGCUUCGCUAUUUCGAACAUGAAGCAGCGGUUGACCUGCAACGACAAGCAUAUGAGGGACUACAAAAAGCUUUGGGUCCUACGCACGAGAAAACGUUAGAGGCGAAAGACAAUCUUGCGGGGAUCUGGGGGUUUAUGGGCGAGGAGCAUCUUCCACUAGCUCUUGAGAUGAGUGAAGAGGUUACCCUGAUCCGGAAAGAAACACUGGGACGUGAACAUCCUCUUACACUUAAAUCUACAUUGACCGUUGCAAAGAUCAAAACAGCUAUGAAUCAGUUUGAAGAAGCUGAACAAAUCUUUCUGGAAGGGUUGCCCAUUGCGAAGAGAAACCUGGGUGAAAACCACCUGGGAACUCUCACGGCUCGUACCUGGCUUGGACAUCUUUACUGGCGACAAGAACGGUAUUCUGAGGCACAGGAAAUCUGGGAAGAUAUUAUUACGAAGCAAACAUUCGAACAGACAAAACGUGCAGACGGGGGACAUGGGGAUCGGGUUCAAGCAAUGUGGUUCUUGGUCCACUGCUAUGAGGAUCAAGGAAAAUUCGCAGAUGCCCUGAAUAUGUGCAACGAUCUGAUUGAGAUUGUUAGCAACUUUGGCGGAGAAGGACUAGGACAGCAGCACAAACUCUGGCAAUCUUUGAACGAAAAGAAACAAGAGCUAUUGAAGCUCAAGGAACGAGAUCAUAAUGAUGAUGUUGCUGAUGGCGCAGGUGUCUCAUCCAGUCGCUUGCCAACAUCUUCCCCAAUACCCAAGAAAGUGAGUAUCUUCUGCAUGGCCUGUGGCCUCUCCGAGAAUGGCACACAGCUCGUCGUGUUCCGUGUCUUCUCGGGCCUGGCAACCGCCAUGUGUCUCCCGUCCGCAGUGAGCAUCAUUUCCGAGAAUUUCUCCCCGGGAAAGCUCCGCAACCUCUUCUUCUCCUUUAUUGGAGGUGGCCAGCUUAUCGGAUUCGGACUAGGCAUGCUGAUGGUUGGUGUCUGCGCCGACACCAUCGGCUGGCGCUGGAGAGAGAUUUCAUAG